AUGAUCGACAGAACAACAAAAUGGCCAGAAGCAAUACCUACCGAUGAUACUUCAGCUGAAUCCGUCGCGAAGAUAAUUUAUGAAAAUUGGAUUACUCGUUUCGGAUCACCUAAAACCAUCACAACGGAUCAAGGAAGAAACUUCGAAAGCAACCUAUUUCUCAAACUUCUUCAAACUAUGGGAAUACAGAAAACACGUACAACGGCAUACCACCCUCAAUGA